UCAGCAGACAGUUCCAGAGGGCCGGAGGGAGAGCGAGCGAGGCUCCGCAGCAGCAGAGCUCGGCGACACAGCGGAGCAGCGCAGCACUCGCAGACAGGUGGACGGGCGGACGGGCAGCAGGACAGCAGGACGGACGCGCGGGGAGCUGCGAUCGGCGGCUCGGCGGCAGGCUGGUGGAAGAUGUCGUCGGGCGCCGGUGGGGGGGCGGCGGGGGCGGCGGAGGGCCCGGUGGGCAUCCCGUUCCCAGAGCACAGCGCGGACAUGCUGGGCGGGCUGAACGAGCAGCGGCUGAGCGGCCUGCUGUGCGACGUGCUGCUGGUGACGCAGGGCCGCGAGUUCCCCGCCCACCGCUCCGUGCUCGCCGCCUGCAGCUCCUACUUCCACAAGCUCUUCACCUCGGGGGCCGCGGCCGACCGCCAGAGCGUCUACACCAUCGACUUCGUGUGCGCCGAGGCCCUGGCCGCCCUGCUGGACUUCGCCUACACCGCCACGCUCACCGUGAGCCGCGCCAGCGUGGGCGACAUCCUGAGCGCCGCGUGCCUGCUGGAGAUCUCCCCCGUGCGCGACGUCUGCACGCACCUGCUGGACACCAAAGUGCUCUCCCCUCCGGUGGCGAGCAGGCAGCCUCAGGACGAGGAGGACCAGGGGAGGCUGGAGGGAGGAGAACUCAGCGACCCGGCCGAGAGGGGGAACCGGCUGCGGGCCCGCGAGUACCUGGAGUUCUUCCAGAACCACGGGUCCCACUGGAGCAGCAGCUGCAGCACGCCGGAGCUCAGGGACCUGCAGCCCUACCUGCACUUUAACCCCAACGGGGCCGAGAGCAACGGCACGCCGGCUGCCCCGGCCCCCAGCGGAUACUACUCCCCGCUGGGCCUCGCCCUGGGCCAGCCGCCCUCCGUCGGGCCCGCGAACCCGGAGGAAGACGAGGAGGAGGAGGAGGAGGACGGGGACGAGGACAGGGGCCGGGUGGACGGGGGGCAGGCCGAGGCGGGGGGCCUGCUGGCCUGGAUGGAGGCCGGGGGCAACGGCGGGGGGACCGUCCAGGCCUUUUACGCCUCUAAGAACGGACACUACGGCGGGCCUUACUUCCAGCAGGAGCCGAAGCUGGAGCGGGAGGGGGACCGGGAGCGGGACGGGCUGUCGGCCAGCGCCCUGCUCCAGCAGAUGAUGGACUCCCUCGGGCGGCAGAAGGAGCGGCCGGCGGCCGGGGAGGAGGUGGACGGCGAGGAGCCCGGCGUGGAGUUUUUCCUCAACUACUUCAACAGCGCGCAGCACGAGGAGGCGGCCGCCCAGCAGGGCCUCCUGCCCGUGUGGGCGCAGCGGGGCCCGGGCGGCGCGGCCGGGGGCGCCGGCGGGGAGAAGAAGAUGCGCUCGAAGGCGUUCCAGAAGUGUCCGAUCUGCUCCAAGGUGAUCCAGGGCGCGGGGAAGCUGCCGCGGCACAUCCGCACGCACACGGGGGAGAAGCCCUACGAGUGCGCCAUCUGCAAAGUGCGCUUCACCAGGCAGGACAAGCUCAAGGUUCACAUGCGGAAGCACACGGGCGAGAAGCCGUACCUGUGCACGCAGUGCGGGGCGGCGUUCGCGCACAACUACGACCUGAAGAACCACAUGCGCGUGCACACGGGCCUGCGGCCCUACCAGUGCUCCAGCUGCUUCAAAACUUUCGUGCGCUCCGACCACCUGCACCGCCACCUCAAGAAGGGCGGCUGCAACGGCAUCCCCUCGCGGCGGGGGCGCAAGCCGCGGGUGCGAGACCCCGCCCUGCUGGAGGCCAUGAGCGCCGGGCUGGGCGCCGCCGCCGUCUGCCAGCCCCACCGCAGCAGCAGGGAGAGGCGGCGUCUGGAGGCGGCGGCGGUGGCGGCGGCGGCGGCGGCGGCAGCAGAGGAGGAGGAGGAGGAGGAGGAGGAGCCCAGGAGCCCUGCAGAUGGCGCUGCCGAAACCCCACGGCAGCAGGCCGGCCCGCUGGGGCCGUGACUGAGACGCCCGCUGCCCCCGAGACAGAGACAGAGCGGGAGGACGCCGGGAGAGAGGAGGACGGGGUAAUGCGAUCGAGUAACAGAAAAAAAAAAAGACUCUUCUAUAAACCAAAUCAGGGUGUCACAAAAUCUAAUCUAAAGUUUCUCUUUCCAUUGCUUUGUUUGCAGGAAGGCCACAGCCCAGGGUGGUGGUCUAUUAAAAGAAUAAGGGAUGUUAAAGUGAUUCACGCAGCCUCCUCCUUUCUGGGGAAUUCGGAAUACGUGCUGGCUCCCCUGCCCCUGAGCCGCAGGGCGCGCGUGGCCUUCUUCCGUAGGGGCUGCUGUGCAGCUGAGAGGGUGGUUAUCAGCCCCGUCCGCUCUGUGGGCGUUAAAGAUCCCAGCGCGGCCUUGUCGAGAAUGAGAAAGAAGUGGCAGCUGGCUAAAUCCACGCAGGUCAGCGAAACGGCUGGCCUGGCUCACUUUAAAGCUUCUCGGGUUUCGUUCUGCUUUUAAAAAUUUCGAAAAAGAAAAGGGGAGCUCCCGCAGCAGAAUUUCCUGUCCACCUAGAAAGACAGCAGAUUGCGCUGACAGCCGCCGACGUGCUUUAUCCCAGGCAGCCAUCACAGGAAAACCCGCCUUGCCAGCUAUCGUCACAAUUUAAUUUUCCAUAUACGAUCGUGUAAAAAAAAAUCAGUUUAAAACACUGAUGCAAAGGCUGACGCAAGUAUUUUGCUAGAUAUUCCAGAAAGGACCAGGCAGAACACACGUUUAGUGUCUCUUAUUCUUUUAAAAAAAACUAUUUUGGUGAGAGUCAAAUCCACAACUGCGGGGACUCCACUGAAUCCAGGGAUUAGCAGGGGUGGUUCUGUGUUUCUCAAGCACUACCAGCCUCCUUCCAGCAGGAGGGGGUAUUGCACUGAACCUCCCCUUCAAAUCCCACCCAUCUCUGUCAGCUAUGU